AUGGCCAAGGUAUUCAUCACUGGAGCCUCGGGGUUCAUAGCACAACACAUAGUCAAGCUCCUUCUAGAGCAAGGCCAUCAAGUGAUAGGCACCGUCCGCUCGCAAGCCAAGGGCGAACAACUUGCCAGUUACAUUCCAAAGCAAUUCAAAUCGUCAUUCACUUUUGAAAUCGUUCCCGACAUAGCAGCACCCCACGCAUUCGACGCAGCAUUACAACGCCACCAGGAUAUCGAAUUCCUUCUCCACACAGCGAGUCCAUUCACGUACGACACGGUGAAUCCCGAACGCGACUUGAUCAUCCCGGCCAUCCAAGGUACAAAAAACAUUCUCGAAGGCGCCAACAAGUACUGCCCGCAGCUUCAACGAGUCGUGAUUACAUCCUCGGACGCGGCAAUCUACUCCAACGUCGAUGAACGCAACAACAAGCUAUUCUUCAACGAGCAAAGCUGGAACAAUAUCAAAUACGCCGACGCCGUGAAAGACGCCGUGGCAGCGUACUACGGCGCCAAAUCCUUUGCAGAGAAAUUAGCAUGGGAAUUUUUGCUUAUGGAAACACCGCGAUUCGAUCUCGUGGCGGUCAACCCUAGCUACGUCUUUGGUCCGCAGUCGUGGUUUUGUGACCCGGCCCACUUGAAUGUUUCCAAUGCGUUGAUUGGAGACUUGUUGGAUAAAAAACAGGGAGCGGGGGAGCUGCUGAGCGAGGUGCUGUUUGAGAAUGAAAUUGGCGGGUUUGUUGAUGUUCGCGAUGUCGCUAGGGCUCACUUGUUUGCCAUGACGGAUGCCAAUGCUAGCGGCAAGCGAUUGUUUAUGACUAAUGGCCAUUUCAGCGUGCAGAUGAUGCUUGAUUUGAUCAAUCAGCAUUUCCCGCAAUUGCAUUUGAUUAAAGGUACCCCGGGAAGUGGCGAGAAGGAUAUUAGUGUGUUGGCUCAGGUUGAAAAUAAGGCUACUAAACAGUUGUUGCCCUGGGAGUUUAAUUCGUUGGAAACGAUUGUUGUUGAUACUGUGCAACAGAUUUUAGAUAGUAAGAGUAAGUUAUAG